AAAUUCCUUAUCUGGUAUUAGUAUGCACUGCUGAAGAACAGAGGAAAAAUGGAUUCACUUGCACUGAAAUUUACUCACUUCACGCUUACCAGCAGAAAUCGCUCAUGGGCUUCAGCCAAUGGGAGCAAAGCUACUUCAUCUUGUACAUUUUCUCGCGUUUUUCCAUUUUCUUGUGCGCAGAGGUUGAGGUUUCGAGGCAACUCAACAAUAAUGGCAGCAGCUAAAAAGGAAAACAAAAACAUCAAUAAAAGGAAAAAUGAGCACAGCUUCUAUCCCAGGCCCGACGAAUCCACGGGCACUUUUCCUGAAGCUGUGCUCCUAAAAGAGAAAAAGGUCGAGGAAAAUGGUAGGCUUAUGCCAGAGUUCGCCGAUGAGGAAGAACGUGAGCUUUAUGAGGCCUUGACACUGACGCUCGAAAGUGAUCUGAAAUUGGACGAAAUGCGGCACUAUGAAGUGGUGUAUUUGAUCCAUGAGGAUCACGAGGAAGAGGUUGAGAAUGUCAAUAACAAAGUUCAAGAAUUCUUGAAGGAGAAGAAUGGCAAGCUAUGGAGGUUCAGCGACUGGGGCAUGCGCAGCCUUGCGUACCCCAUAAAAAAAGCCGAUAACGCCCAUUACAUCCUCAUGAACUUUGAGCUCGAGGCUAAAUCGAUAAACGAGUUCAAGAGCAUGUUGGACAAGGACGAAAGGGUCAUUCGCCACCUCGUGAUGAAGCAAGAUAAGGCCGAGACUGAGGAAUGUCUUCCCCCUCCCGAGUAUCAUACUUUGUAUGGUGACGAGGAUGCUGAAGAUGAAGAUGAAGAUGAUGAAGAAGAUGACGAUGAUGAUGAUGAAGAUGAUGAUGACGAGGAUUAUGAUGAUGAAGAUGAAGAUGAUGAGGAUGAUGAAGAUGAAGAUUAUGAUGAUGAGGAGGAUUAUGAUGAUGAUGAGGAUGAUGAUGAGGAUUAUGAUGAUGAGGGCGAAAUGGACGGUGAGGAUGAAGGUAUUAUAUAUGUGGAUGAUGAUGUUGAUGAAGAGGAUGAAAGAGAAAAGGGGAGUAAUAAAUUUGCAAGUAAAAAACGAGAAGUUCAGCCUGAAGAGGAUAAAAGAGAAAAGGAGAGUAAGAAUUUUGCAAAUAAAAAACGAGAAGCUGAGCCUGUGUCGACAGUAAUACCUUGA